AUGAAAAAACUGACAAUCAUGCCUGCAGGGCUGAUAUUUGCAUCUAUAAGUGUGCAUGCAGCCAAAGAAGAGGAAUCCAAAAAGCAGCUAAUGAAACCAGAGCAGCUCCCCAUAUAUACUUCACCACCUCUUCAAUCUAAAUAUGUUGAAGAGCAGCCUGGUAAUUUACAAAUGGGCUUUGCCUCCAUCCACACUACAACUGGUCGUUAUAUUGGCUGGUGCAAGGGUGUUUAUGUCUUUGUGAAAAAUGGGAUAAUGGAUACAGUUCAAUUUGGAAAAGGUUCUAGAUUUAAGAAAAUUGCUUAUCCAUUGGGAUUGGCCACUUUAGGAGCAACUGUUUGUUACCCAGUUCAGUCCGUAAUAAUUGCAAAGGUCACCGGGAAAAAGGCAUAUGCUACAAGUCAGAACAUUUAUGAAGCAGUUAAAUCACUGUGGACAAAAAACAACGAAAAGGAGUCACUUCCUGAACCUAAAGAAAAAAUUAAGCUAGAAAGCUCUGCUGAAAUAGAAAUACCUGCAAAAACAGCUCACAACCCAAAGCACUCAGUGGGUUUGCCAACAGAACUCAGAUCUGAAAUGAAGACAAAAUCAGAAUUCACCUCAGGUGCUACACAGUUUAUGCCUGACCCCAAGCUCAUGGAUCAUGGACAGUCCCAUCCAGAAGAUGUAGAUAUGUAUAGCACUAGAAGCUGAAAUAGUCUACGUAGAGAAUUACAAGAUGUGUGAAGUUCCAAAUGAUAAUGAAAGAAAUCAUGUAAUGGGUAAUUGUGAUGCAUAGAGCAUAAUUUAAAGCAAAUUUAUCCCAUACAUCUUCUAAUGUAUAGUUUGACCAAUCAAGGAAGUGAUUAAAACACAAACAGAAAAUACAAUCGAAACAAUAUUAAAUGAUUGGUGAAGAGGCAGAGGUAGUAGUAUUAAGAUGCAUUUGAUGACUUAAGGGUGUUUAUAAACAAAAAAUAGAGUAAAUAUGUGAACAAUUAUGAGACUAAGAUCUGAAAAAAAUGUAUGUACUUAUACACACAUAUAUUUGCUUUAGCUUUUUCUCACUAUCAAUUCCCAACUUGUGACAUUAAUGUCAGCUAAAUUAGAAUGGUUUGUGGAAGGAUAUUUUCUCUAUCCUUCUCUUUUUUCAUUUCCCAGAGCAGGAAUAAAAUAUCCAUAUUUUAUG